AUAUUGCCAAUCUGCUGACGCCCAUAAUUAUUUCAAAAAUUAAAAAAAUAAUCAAAAAUAAAACCAACCAAUAAUUGAACUUAAAAAUUAAUUAAAGUAAACUUGAAAAAAGCAAAGUGCAAUAAUUAUAUAACUCAUGUAUGUGGAGUGAAACCAGACGUUGUCAACGAAAAUACAAGCGCAUCGAAUUCGCGAAUUAUUAAACGAAUUUCAAAGCUGUCACAUAUUAAAGCACUUAAGUGAGGAGCUCCGCGUCGAGACAAAGAGGACGCUACGCGACUACUCUGCAAAAACGUACAAAAAUAAUCGAAAGAUUGCUGCUUCUUCACUACUUUGCAUAUUAAAAAUAACAAGCAAGCAAACGAAACAUAAAUACAUUUAUUGGAUAUGUGACUUGUGUGCUCUACAGUUGCAAUUGCAUACAUCCGUACGUUCGUAUGUAUACCACAUACAUGCGAGGCACAAAAACACGCAGGCAAGAAAUUACCAAAUCGCCAGGCCAACACCGUUAACACCGACAAUUUUUGUGCAUACGCGCAGCCAUAAAGCAAUAAUUGCCGAAACCUCGAAGAGCGCAGUUCGCACAGUUCGCCGCUUCUUGGCCCAGCGUGAGCCGCAAUCAAUUGUCACUUUGGUAAAGCACCGAUGAUGGUGAUGGUGGCGUUUGGCCGUGCUUUUAAUUGCGUCAUGGAAGGUUUGCAAAUUCUUCUGGGUCAUUUAUUUGAUAUUUUCAAGAUUUACCUCAAGUUCGGCCUUAUUACUUUGGUGUUUUACUUUGUGGCCGAAUGGUAUAUACUGCAUUAUACCGAUUUCGAUACAUUCAUGGAACCGCAGCCCCUGCUAAAACCGGUCAGUAAUAGUACUGCUAGUAAAGUAUAUCGCUUUGUGUUGGAUUUUUUCCUAGGCUAGACAUAGUUAGAUGUUGAUUUAGUUUAGUUACAUUAAAUUAGUAUUUAAUUAAUUUAUAUUUAAUUUGUUAUUUUAAUGAUAUAGUUUUGCAAAUUUUUAUGACAAAAAUAAAAUCAAGAUGGCAAAUUAU